GGAAUGGAGAUGAUUGCUAAAAGGCAAUGCCUCAGGAAGUGUUCCUGGAACUACACCAAUGAAAAGAGUGCUUUUGAAGCAGUGGAAGCUCUUAUGUCCAUGAGCUGCAGUUGGAAAUCAGACUUCAAAAAGUAUGCCGAGCGGAGGCCAAUGACACCAGCUUCAGAUACAUCUGAGGAGUUUGAAGACAACUUGCUACCUCCUGCUGAUUUUCGUACAAUACCAGCUUUUUGUUUAACUCCACCCUACAGCCCUUCUGCUGACCUUGAAAUGGCUCAGGCAGUCCAUCCAGCAACAUCAGCGCCACCUUGUGUACAGAACAAGCCAUAUCCAGACCUUUCUGAUCAAGGCCUUGCAGCAUCUCCUAAAGAGACCCCAAAUGUUCCAGUGCCAAGAAUAUUGAGAGCUCAGGCAACCAGCGUCAUUCGCCAUACAGCAGAUGCUCAGCUUUGCAGUAGCAUAACCUGUCCAGCAAGAACAGACCAGGUUAGGAAGUAUAAUGAUAACAUGGAAGCAAACCAGAAUGGCAGUACAAAGUCACAUUCAGAAGACAAUACAGGAAAAAAACAAGAUUUAUCUUGUAAAAGUAUAUUGCUGAAUACUGCAUUUCCCGAAGAUAAGCUGUCAGCCAUAAAAGAAUCCACAAGUCCAUUACAGGCCAUCAGCCCAGUGCCUUUCCCACAGACUGUACUUGAUACUUCUCCAUCUGUUCCCCUGUACCCUUCACAGGUAGCCUCUCCAACUCCUGUGCAAGUAGGAGGAGUCUCUUCUAUGCCAUUGGUUUGCCAGAUGGUUCCAUUGUCUGCUAACAACUCUGUUGUGACAGCCAUAGUAUCUAACACUCCUUGUGGUCAAUUGCCAUCAAACCUUUGUCAUCCAAUGGUCCUCAUGGGAACUCAAGUUCCCAAAGCAGCAGUUAUGUUUGUAGUGCCACAGACUGUUGUGCAGAAUGCCAAGGCUCCGGUGACUAGUCCUCACAGCACCAGACUGUCCCCUAUUGCUCCUGCUCCAGGUAUGGCCCCUCCUGCCACAAAGAUCACUCCAUCUGUUGACUCUCUCAGAACAAGAAGCCAUGUUUGUAACUACCUGGGUUGUGGAAAAACGUAUUUCAAAAGCUCCCAUUUAAAGGCACAUGUUAGAACACAUACAGGAGAAAAGCCAUUCAGCUGCAGUUGGAAAGGCUGCGAGAGGAGAUUUGCCCGUUCUGACGAACUAUCUCGCCAUCGCAGAACACAUACGGGAGAGAAAAAAUUUGCCUGCCCAAUGUGCAGUCGACGAUUCAUGAGGAGUGACCAUUUAACAAAACAUGCACGUCGCCAUUUGUCAGCCAAAAAAUUACCAAACUGGCAGAUGGAAGUGAGCAAGCUAAAUGAUAUUGUUACUCCGCAUACUUCAGUGGCUGAUCAAUGAAAUAACUUUGUCUAAAGAGGCUGUUUAGCUUUUUUCCUCCCAGUGUAUGACUGGUACCAAUGGUAAUGUGAAAAAGCAUUGCAGAAUAAGUCUGUGGUUCUACACUAUCAGACUGAAACAGAGGCAAUGGCUACCUGUAUACCUUUGCUGUGAUAUAUAGGGUAGCAGGCAUUUUUGUGCUUGGAGUAAGGAGACAUGGAAACAUCAAUGCCAGUUCUGGAAAGAGCUGUUCCUGUGUCCUCUGUGGCUGAGUAUAAACUAGAGAGAGAUGCAGACAUUAGGAUGUGGGAAUGUUUUCAACGCUGUUGCAAGCAAAAUGCAGAAUCUCAGUUUAUGGUACAGAAUCAGGAAUUCCAGUAAUACGAAAAUGCUGAAAAUUUUAAGCAGAGAUACUUGCUGUUUUCUCAGUUGUGAAUAAUGAGGGGAAUGUGGUUAUCAACAUCCUGAGAUUAAAUGUGUGUAUCUUUUCUGGUAUAUAAAAAUAUAACUAAUUUAGCAAUUCUGUAUAACUUAAGUAUAUCAUUGAGAAAGUGGUAUCAUAUGGCUGGAUUAUUCUAAAGACAAAUUUGUACAACUUUGAAAGCAUCACAGUUCAUACUAUUAGCUGUACUUCAGAAUCUUUUGUUGCGUGUGUUUAAAUUGUGUUUCUUUUAUACAUUUAAAUUUCUAUAUCAUUGAAACUUUGAUACAGUGCACUUUGUUUGUUUAAAGGAUAAUUUAAGAGUUACAAAAGCUUUAUU